GCUGGGCGCAAGAUUCUCGCCAGAAUUAUUAUUGUCUUUUGCUAGUGUCUAUUUUGUUAACCAUGCCGCGCAACGGUGGAUACGGAGGCGUCGGGACAGAUAACGAACGGUAUCAAGUCGGCCGCUCCGACGGCCUCGACACUUUCAGUCUGAUGAACUACCAGUUCACGUUUGAACAACGUCUCGAUGAUGCGACAGCUGCCUCUUUCCAGAUAGAAGCGGAUGUAUGUACCUAAUCACACUCAUCCUUCCCUCUAUGUCAUGUCAGAUUUGCUCACCCCCAGGCAGCCUGAUCCUAAUAAUAGCCCCGACUACCAGACGGUCACAAGUAGCAUAACGAGGUAUCGGUUAGAGAAUGGACGAACCUACCACGCAUACCAGGACGGCUCAUACAUGUUCCCAAACGACCUCUAUGAGUGUGAUCGCCUCGACUGGCAGUAUUAUUGCAUAAAACAUCUGAUGGGCGGCGAGCUACAUUUCGCACCAUUUUCACAAAACGAUCCUCCGCGGAAGGUGCUUGAUAUAGGCACUGGCACGGGUAUCUGGGCUGUUGACAUGGGGGAUGAGUAUCCCACCGCUAGAAUAAUCGGCACCGAUUUAACACCCAUUCAACCUGACUACGUGCCCCCUAACGUUAUUUUUGAGAUCGACGACUGCCUGCAAGAGUGGAGGUUCAGAGAGCUCUUCGACUUCGUCCACCUGCGCUGCAUGCUGGGUAGCAUACGAGACUUCAAGGAUGACAUCGCCGUGAAAGCAUUCGAUCACCUCGAGCCAGGUGGCUGGCUGGAGGCACAGGAGCUACACUGCUCAAUCCAAUGUGACGACAACACAAUGCCACCGGAUUUCCCACCCAAGGUCCACUUUGACGACCUCGAAGAUGCUACUGCGUCGGAGCAGCGGCCUCUCCGCAUCGCCCACACAUACGCCCAAGGCAUGCGAGACGCUGGUUUCGUAGACGUGGUAGAACGAACCUACAAGAUCCCUAUCAACAGUUGGCCGAUAAAUAGGAAGUACAAGGAGCUUGGGAAGAUGUGGGAGGAGAAUUUCGCCCAGGGCAUCUCGGCUUUCUCUAUGGCUCCCUUACAUCGGAUACGAGGGUUGAACAGGAAGCAAAUCGAGAUCAUGUUGAUAGAUGUGAGAAAGGGUCUCUCGGACCAAAGCGUGCAUGCGUACCAGAAAUUCUACGUUGUCUGGGGACGGAAGCCGUACCCGGGUGAGGUGCCGGAACCAAGGGGUGAAGCGGAGAUGACGGAUAUUUAGCGACAGAAACGUCGGUCAGCAUUGCCGGCGUUUGGGAAACUGGUGUUCGAAGGUGGAGCUAUAUUAUCCCUGUUCAGUCCAAGAGGUCUCAUUGACUGGAGUCUUGGGGAUGUGAUACACUUUUGAUUUGCCCUCGGGACAUUAUGACUUCAAAUGAAGUUCUGAAUAAAUGUUCUUCAUUUUAAGCUGGAGGAGGAAGAUGGGUCACAUGGCGGCUCGCAAUGGCGCCAUAGACAAGGAAAAGGAGUAGCGGACUUCAAUACGAAUGUCCUAACUUCAAAAAACUGCCCGUAUAUAGGAGACGUGACAUACUGGGGUGGAUGGACAUAUAUUGAACCCAUUUUCAGCGGCUCGCUGUUGAUGUUAAGUUGCUGACCGAGGGACUGCAGAGAAGUUCGGUGUGUGUCACUCGAGCAAUGUAACGCAACGAAUCGUAGGUCGUUUAUAUCAAAUAAAUGUUCCGUGC